AUGACAGACCCCCGAGACCCAAGCCUCCCCGGGUGCCGCGGACGGAGUAGUGACAAGCUGAACCCUGUGUGCCUUCCUAUGUCUGCCGUCUCUCUAAGGAAGGUAUUUGAAAUUGCACCAGAAGGGUCAAAACUGAAAGUUUGGAUGCCUGCGUCCGCUCAAAGAGGAACUUGCUACAGGAAAGUAGCACCUAGGGACAAAGGGCUCCGGAGGGCCUUCCUCUCCCCCCGGCCGCCCUCCGCCCUCAUAACAAGGGCUCCGGAGGGCCUUCCUCUCCCCCCGGCCGCCCUUCGCCCUCAUAACAAGGGCUCCGGAGGGCCUUCCUCUCCCCCCGGCCGCCCUUCGCCCUCAAAACAAGGGCUCCGGAGGGCCUUCCUCUCCCCCCGGCCGCCCUCCGCCCUCAUAACAAGGGCUCCGGAGGGCCUUCCUCUCCCCCCGGCCGCCCUUCGCCCUCAAAACAAGGGCUCCGGAGGGCCUUCCUCUCCCCCCGGCCGCCCUCCGCCCUCAUAA